GGAACUUUGACGCAAUUUGCAAAUGGCCGUGAAAAGGAUUGAGCUCGAGGGUGUAUGAAAUACUAAAUGGUGGACGAGUCCGUGAUAAAAACUUGUGAAUAAAUACUAGUUCAGUGUAGUGUUGUUAGAAAGAUACAAGAUGUGCCAAAAGGAUAGGAUCCAGUCUUAAUAGUGGUGUAGAAAGCGCCUGAAAACCGCUGGAGGAUAAAUCGAAGAGAUUUGCUUAUUGGGGUCGGAAGGUGUGCGGCGCGCGCAGGUCUAGCAAGUUUUGAAGUUUGGACUCGAGUGCUGCAUCAUGAAUGAGUUGGACAGUCUGCGCCAGGAGGCGGAAACCUUGAAGAAUGCCAUCCGGGAUGCCCGCAAGGCGGCGUGCGACACGUCGCUGGCGCAGGCCACCGCUAACCUGGAUCCCAUAGGACGGAUCCAGAUGAGGACUCGGAGGACUCUCAGGGGUCACCUCGCCAAGAUCUACGCCAUGCACUGGGGCAGCGACUCGAGGAACCUAGUGUCAGCCAGCCAGGACGGUAAAUUGAUCGUAUGGGACAGUCACACCACCAACAAGGUCCACGCCAUACCACUGAGGUCCUCGUGGGUCAUGACCUGCGCCUACGCACCAUCGGGAUCCUACGUCGCCUGCGGGGGUCUAGACAACAUAUGCUCCAUCUACAGCCUGAAGACCCGCGAGGGCAACGUGCGCGUGUCCCGCGAGCUGCCAGGACACUCGGGCUACCUGUCGUGCUGCCGCUUCCUGGAUGAUAACCAGAUACUCACCAGCUCCGGGGAUAUGACCUGCGCCCUGUGGGACAUAGAGACGGGGCAGCAGUGCGGCCAGUUCACGGGACACACGGGUGACGUCAUGUCGCUGUCCCUGGCUCCCGACCAGCGCACCUUCGUGUCGGGGGCCUGCGACGCCUCCGCCAAACUCUGGGACAUACGCGACUGCCAGUGCAAGCAGACCUUCCCGGGGCACGAGAGCGACAUCAACGCUGUCACUUUCUUCCCGUCCGGGUUCGCGUUCGCCACCGGCUCGGACGACGCCACCUGCCGCAUGUUCGACAUCCGGGCGGACCAGGAGCUGGCCAUGUACUCGCACGACAACAUCAUCUGCGGCAUCACCAGCGUCGCCUUCUCCAAGUCCGGCCGCCUGCUGCUGGCUGGCUACGACGACUUCAACUGCAACGUCUGGGACUCCAUGAAGAGCGAGCGCGCCGGUAUUCUGGCCGGUCACGACAACCGCGUGUCCUGCCUGGGCGUGACGGAGAACGGCAUGGCCGUGGCGACCGGCUCGUGGGACUCGUUCCUGCGCAUAUGGAACUAAACGGCCGGCGACCGCCCCGUGUGCGCCGGCCCUCACCCCGACCAUCCACAGAACACGUUCACGUAUCGCUCAAAUAAAGCACGGCGCACACCGAGCGUCUCCACCGCACAAACAUGGCGCCAUUCUUUUUAUUACUUUAUUUAUAUUAUAUACAUUUGUUUGUAACCGGAGGCGUAUGCUUUUCUAUGCGUUUGUUUUAGCCGUUCUCGUGCCCGGCGCGGAGUGCAGGCGGCGCCGCGAUCCGUGAUCCGCUCGGCCGAUCCGCAUUUGAACUGAACCACGUUCAUUGCUUAUUUAUUGUAUACAUAGGUUUCUAAAGCAUUUAAAUCAAUAAGUAUAUAUAGUUAGGUGUGAGAGAUGUGUGCACUCUUGUUUACGAUAUAUUUAUAUGUGUAAUGUAUAAUAGCGUAGUCUGCGGGGCUUCGGCGUCCGGCGAAUGCUGGCCACUUACGUUUCUUACUCUCGGUAAGUCCGAUCGAGGCGACCGCGUCUGUCGCAUGCGAUCGCCUGUACGUGCACUCGGCUCUGUCUGAACUAAUACUAAACUUAUAUCUUUUCAGAUAUGAACGCAUCGCACAAACAUGUGACAGUUCAUUAAUUAUCCUGUUAACUAAAGAACCAAAUAUUAUUAUUAUUAUAAUCAAUAUGUAACUUAUGGGACGGUGAUUAUGUUCGCUGUGUCACUAAACCUGGGCUAACGUUAAUGCGGGAUCCCUGUCGUCUCCGAACUCGAGUUCACUGGCAAGUAGUGUUUCAGGGUUGCCACGUGCUCUACUCAUGGAAUUUUAAAUAGAUAUAAGGCGUAGGACGAUUUAUACUUCGACGUUUACAAUACAUAUACUGGUAAUUGAAUAUUUGUCUCGUAUAUAUAUAUCUAUAUAUAUAUUGUAUCCUUCCUACUGCUAAGUGUUUAUUGAUGUAAACUGUUGUUUGAUACAGGUGAUUGAGAUUCAAAUAAAAGUUACGAUUUCCAUUCAAGACUAAGUUAUUUCACCGUACACUGUAAUUAUAAAUCCAUGUUGUACCCCAUCGGCUUGCACGUUCACGACACGUCACACGGAAAUAGUACUUACUCCUCACUUAACGAUGUUUUUUAUUCUUCUCCACGUGCGAGCAUCGGAUAUCAAUGUCGGAGGCGGAGUCCGCGCCUCAGUCUCGACUCCGCGUUAGUGUAAGCUAGGUAUAGGAGUGUAAUCGUUAGCGGUGUAACUUCAACAUCUGUUGCUGUUUAAACAACAUUUUCGUUGGUCAGUCUCGAUGCAACCUGUCACAGUAUUCGUUCCGAUUAGGCACAGAUGUAUGUAGGGUUUUUUGGCUUCUUCAUAGUCGAUGGUCGUCGCGCUGCUGUUAUUUUAAUUUAUAUGAUAUAGCCCUUUGUCUAGAUAGGUUAGGUGCGGGGAAAAUUCACGUCUAGGAACAAAGAGAUGCAUGCUUCGUAUCGCCUGUGUCCGCAUUUCCGACGGUUUUAUUAUAUGUUUUUGUGACAUUACUAAAGACAAAGGUUUAAAAUUAAGGCAUAUCAGACGGUCACAACAAAAGUUUUGUAUGUAACUAUUAACCCCCCCCAAAUUAAAUUUUCAUUUUCCCUUUACUAUCACCAUUGAGCAAAUAGAUUUACAUUACGCAUGAAUAUAUUUGUCUUGUAAGGAUGUUUCGCAUUAUGGAUGUUGUUUUAUCUGUCCAAUUCGAAGAAGUGUCAGAAAUGGCGGGAAAAUUUUUAUCACGCACAAAGGCUACAUACAACGCAUAAAGCCAUGACGUUGGACAGAUAAAAAUAAAUAGUUCUGGUCUGCUAGGAUUACGUCUAGGUUAUAAGACUUUUUUAAAAAUAAAAUUGUUUUCUACUGUAAUGGCUUCUUUUCAGAUCGAUGUAUGAUAAACUUACGAUAUAGCUAUAAUAUAUAUGAUAUUUAAUGGAUAGAUUUAUGGCUCUGUUUCCGUUUAUAUUUUGUAUUUAGACCAAUUUUUCUCACUUUUACAUCACGGUAUUGCAUUGGACUGCCAUAAUUUAACAGUAAAGUAUGAAUUAUAUAAGAAAAAAUAUGGGGGAAGUAUGUCUACAGGAUUGUUAGAACGGAGGCGAAUGGUUAUUUAUCUUAAGUAGAGGGUUAGCGAGGAUGUGUACCAUGAGAUGUCGGCGAGCGAUUUCGAACUCUACGACCCCCGAAAAGCGAAACAGAUUCCUUUGACAUUUAUUGUACAAGAAAUUGUAUAAGUUAAAUAUUAUUUGCUAGUCCACGUCUUGAUAUGUUUAAAAAAAUAUUAUUCAUAGCGGUGUAAUACUAAUUAUAAUGUAUUGUGUAAAAAUAUGUUUUUUUUUAGUUAUUAUUAUCAAUAAAUUAAAAAAUUGUUUAUUUUAA